GUUCAAUUGCAUCUUGCCAUAUAUAAAACAAGAUUGCCAGAGAAAAAUCAGUAGACAAAAACCAACCGUCGCGGUACCACCACCAAAAUGAGAACCAUUAUUUUAGCAACGUUACUGGUGACAGUUUUCGGCGGCCACAUUCAGCACAGCGACAAGGCGACAUCGUACCAGAAUUUCGAAAUAGAACACCACCACGCCGUUCCCACUUAUGUUAAAGGGGAGGACGCGCAGUUCCUCCACCAUCCCGUGUCCAAGGGCAGGACAGCUUCCAAAGUGGAAGUCCACCACGGGGACAAACACGACCACGGUUAUGCCAUCACGGACGUCGAGAGCAACCAGGGACACGCAACUGGUUACGACCUUGGAGGAGAGCACAGUCAAGUCCAGUACGUUCAGGACCAAAGCCCACAGUACUACCAGUAUCAACCAGAAGAAAACCAGAAGCACGAACAACCACAAUAUCAAACCAUAAACGCCAAUCAGUACCAACAUUUUGCUGACGCAGCUGUGGGCAAGUUGGCCCAGCAACAGGGCUUCGGAGGUUACCAGGGAGUUGGACAGUACGAAGCUUACCCUCAACGUCAUCAUUAACCAUCCCACAAGUUCGAUACGUCUAGUCAACAUUUUGAAUCGCAGUUACGUUUUUUAUUCGGUUUGCUUUCACGUAUUAGAAAAUCUCUCGCAGGAAGUGGCGAUCGCGUUUUGUUUUCAAACGAAAAAUUGCGCAACAUGGGCGGUUCCUAAUGUAGUUUGAAUGGGUCCGUGGAAAAUUUCAUUUCACAGCGUUUAUCUCGUUUAUUAAUUGAAGGAUUUUACUUUCUACCGGUUUCAUACAUCAGUCUUUUAAAGAGAUGAAAGUGAAAUUACAUGAGGCAGAUGCUUAUUUUAAACAAUGUUUGUUGAUGGCAACUUUAAUUUGGUCAGUUAUUAUUUAUUUUGUGUUCCACUUGGUUUAUCACAAACUAUUUUUGUCUGUUAAAUAUAUGUUUGUUGUUUAUCUUGUAACUAAUGUUUUAUUUACCUAAGAUUGUUACAGUGACCUUCCUGCUUGU